GAGAAGGAAAAUAGUAAUUUUCGCUUCGAACAUUGUUCGAAAAUGGCGUACGGAGAAGAUGUAGAUAGGAGAUCGAAGAAGCAAAUCGUCAUCAUCAGCGUAUCUGCGUUUUUAUUGAUGGCAAUGGUGGUGGCGGUGGCAGCUGGUUUCAUCAUGGAAAAGGGUUUCUACAAUAGUCCAGUCAGUGGCAGCAAGGGCAGCUCCCAUGACAAGUCAGCCUCAAUGAAGGCAAUCAAAGCCAUUUGCCAGCCAACCGAUUACAAGCAAGAAUGUCUCGACAGCCUCAGCUACGCCUCCGGAAACACCACCACUGAUCCAAUAGAGCUCAUUGAAUACGGCUUCAAGGUUGCAAUGAAGCACGUAACCGAUGCUGCCAAAAAAUCCGACUUCUUGCGAAAGCUCGAGAAGGAUCCCCGAACCUCCAAUGCCCUCGACGCGUGCGAAGAGCUCAUGGAUUUGGCGGUUAGUGAGCUCAGGCAAUCGGUUGUGCGACUUGGGUACAUCGAUGAUUUUAUAAAGUUUAAUGAAAUGUUGGUGGAUUUGAAGGUCUGGCUUAGUGCUACAAUCACUUAUCAAGAAAGCUGCUUGGAUGCUUUUGAGAAUACUACUAGCUCUACUGAUGCAGCGGAGGAGAUGAAGAGUGUGUUGAAUACCUCUAUGCAUUUGAGUAGCAAUGCCCUUGCCAUGGUAUCUCAAGUAUUUUCAGCCUUCACUGACUUGAACAACCCUGAUUCUAGCCACCGCCGCCUCCUCCAAUUUGAUGCCUUCCCUGUUAUUGGUCACAGUGAAUUUGAAGACCCCAAGUGGUAUGAAGGUGGAGUCAGGAAACUCCGUCGCCUCCUCCAAUUUGAUGCCUUCCCUGUUAUUGGUCACGGGGAAUUCGAACAUCCCAGGUGGUAUGGAGGUACUGGCAAGAAACUUCGCCGCUUCCUCCAAUUUGAUGCCUUCCCUGUUAUUGGUCACGGGGAAUUCGAAGAUCCCAAGUGGUACGGAGGUGAAGGCAAGAAACUCCGCCGCCUCCUCCAAUUUGAUGCCUUCCCUAUUAUUGGUCACGGGGAAUUCGAAGAUCCGAAGUGGUAUGGAGGUGAAGGCAAGAAACUCCGCCGCCUCCUCCAAUUCGACGUCUUCCCUGUUAUUGGUCACGGGGAAUUCGAAGAUCCCAAGUGGUAUGGAGGUGAAGGCAGAAAACUUCUCACAACCAGUACCAGUUCUGCUCCGAAAAUUAAUAAGUCCGACAUCAUUGUGGCAAAGGAUGGAAGUGGAAGCUACAAGACCAUCACUGAGGCGCUAGACCAUGUCCCCAAGUACGGCAAUGAAACCUUUAUCAUCUACAUCAAGGAAGGAGUAUAUAAUGAGCAUAUCCUGGUUACCAGGAGCAUGACGAGCGUGAUGAUGAUCGGAGAUGGUGCAAAUAAGACUAGGAUCACCGGAAACAAGAACUUUGUAGAUGGCAUGCCCACCUACCAUACUGCCACCGUUGCUAUUCAGGGAGAUCAUUUCAUGGCAAUGGACAUAGGGUUUGAGAACUCUGCUGGUCCGGAGAAACAUCAGGCUGUUGCAUUGAGGGUGAGUGCUGACGAGGCAAUCUUCUACAGGUGUUCAAUGGACGGGUACCAAGACACCCUUUACACACACGCACAACGCCAAUUCUACCGCGACUGCACCAUCUCCGGCACCAUAGAUUUUGUUUUUGGUGAUGCAACUGCAGUCUUCCAAAACUGCACUUUCUUGAUCCGCAAGCCAUUGCCAAACCAGUCUUGCAUUGUGACAGCUCAAGGCAGGAAAGAACGGCGCCAGCCAUCUGCAAUCAUCAUUCAAAACAGCACAAUCACCGGCGAUCCUGAUUACUUCCCUGUCAAGGAUGAGAACAAGGCAUAUCUUGGCCGUCCAUGGAAGGAGUAUUCGAGGACAAUCAUCAUGGACUCGUACAUUGAUGAUGUGAUUCAACCGGAAGGUUGGUUACCUUGGGAGGGUGAGUGGGGGCUUAAGACAUGCUUCUACGCAGAGUCAGGCAACACAGGCCCUGCUGCUAACAAGGCAAGGCGCGUGACAUGGCGCGGGAUCAAGCAGAUUACUGAAAAGCAUGCUGCAGAUUUCACACCCGGUAGGUUCUUCAGGGGUGAUAAGUGGAUUAGGCUCUCUGGUGUUCCUUAUAUCCCCGGCCUGACCACUAGCAACAAAUCGAAAACUGCAACUACAAGGGCUACAUCCCUCUCGAAAGGCAUCUGAGUUAUAUAAUUUGAUGAUGUUUAAGUUGUUUUUGUUGGUACAUUUGUAACACUCGAUUGCUUUUGAAACACAAGGACCAUUUUGUUUGCUUGAGUCAAUCUCAGUGACCAUUUCCGGUAAAAACUCAAUUAAUAUACAAUUCCCUUCA